CCCCACUGAAGGUGUGACAGAUGGUGCUGAGGGUUGUUCGAUUGCUGUGUUUGAGGCAGUAUGGAACCCAUGGGAUACCUUCAUUUCUUCUUUACCAGCCAGGGGCGGACUGACAACUCAUGGGGUUCCCGGGCAAUAGGGGAUCAUGGGGCCCCUGUGUCCUUGCCCAAACUCAAAAAAAGCCUAUGAAAAAGGUACCAGGGGCAUCUCAUGGGGCCCCCUACUGACCCCGGGCCCACGGGCAGUGCCCGAGUUUCCAAAUGGUCAGUCCGCUCCU